GUAUUGAUUUAAAAAUAAAAAAAUAUUCAAAUAGAUACAAUGUAAACGCGUUUAUUGUUGUCGCUUAAUACGUCUAAAAUGGCUCGUAAUAAAAUACAUAAAAAUACGUAAUUUGUAUCAAUGAAAGAAUGAUCUACGAACCUGAGGUCUGUAUUAGUUUCACGUAAAUUCACGUAUUCAAUUGAAAUAUUCAACUACAUUAUUCGUCGAACAGUUGAGUCACAAACGUAAAAACAUGUCAAUAAUAGUCAUAAAUGCGUUCAUAAACUGCAAUGAUGUCGGGAAAUAUCAAGAAGUUGAAUCAGCUGGUUCCCUACGUGCCACCGUUUUACGACAUGUUCCUUUCGCUGACCGCAGAGUAGAGGUGGAAACGAAUGAAAUAAUGACAUAAAGAUUGUUAUGUAGACAGAUAAGGAAAGAAAAUGACAGAGAAAGAUUUAAGAGUCUGAGCUCUUAUCACGCACCAAUUAGACGUUGUUCAUCUUGCAGUUGAACAGAUCUGGUGAUUUUAAAAUUGUGGAAGAGGAUCUUCGACAAAGAACAAUGCAUAAUAAUCAAGUGUAUAUCAUUAUAGAGAAAGGAAUAAUUAUGGUACUGGCUGUGUGCUUAUUAAUUGCUAUGGCAGACGCUCAGCUGUCUCAUAAAGAAGGACAUUGUCCAUUAAGAAACAGUGUUUCAAAAUGCACUCCUAAAUGUGUUUCGGAUUUUCAAUGCUCUUUUAAUGAGAAAUGCUGUCCAAAUAAAUGCGGAAGUGAGUCAUGUGUUUCAGCGAGUCCCGUUAAUACCGGCAAUGGAUAUAAAGGAUCAUCGAAUGACGAUGUUUAUUGUGGCGGAGUAAAAUGCGGUCCGUACCAAAAGUGUAAAUUCGAUCGUAGAACGAAACGCGAAAAAUGCGUUCGUACAUAAACGAUUCUUUGAAAUAUAACAAUAUUUUUUUAUAAAAUAAGUAAA